UGCGGCAGGCCGCAUUCCACGCUGCCAAUAUGGCGCCCCCCAUGUGGGCAGUCCCAGUGGUUUCUACCCGGAUUGCCGGGGGGCAGUGCUGAGCUGGGGUGCUGUCUGUUGAACCCAGGCUUCAGAAAGCUGCAGCUACAAUCCGUUUCUGGUUCAGCUCCAGGAACCCACUCUCCUCCGAGGGGCAGGAGCCGCCGCCUGCUCCUAGUCCCUGCAAGCUCCCGCUGUGCCCCUGGCUUGUCUUCCGUGCCACCGCCGGACUCCCCCAGGUCCCUGACACUCCCAGGCUCACACCAUGAGUCUUCGGCAGCUGCUGUUGCGCUUGCCCCGUUAUCUCGGGUCCUCGGGGCCCCCGCGUCGUUUGGGGUCCCAGUCCCUCGACCCUGUCUGUUCGGUGGGCUCCUGGCACGGUCAGUUCCCCCGGUCCCCGGCCCAUUGGAAGCAGGUGGUGUCCGAGGCGGAGAAGAUCGUGGGCUAUCCCACGUCCUUCAUGAGCCUGCGCUGCCUGCUGAGCGACGAGCUCAGCAACAUCGCUGUGCAGGUGCGGAAGCUGGUGGGGACGCAGCACCCUCUGCUUUCCACAGCCAGGGGGCUGGUCCAGGACAGCCAGAACAGCCUGCAGCUCAGGGGCCUGGUGGUGCUCUUGAUCUCCAAGGCGGCCGGGCCCGGCAGUGCGAGUGCUUCGCGUCACACCUAUGACAUGGUCAGCGGGAUCUACUCAUGUCAAAGAAGUUUGGCAGAGAUUACAGAACUUAUCCAUACUGCUCUCCUUGUGCAUCGUGGGAUAGUAAAUUUAAAUGAACUGCAAUCUUCCGAUGGGCCACUGAAAGACAUGCAGUUUGGAAAUAAAGUAGCUAUCCUGAGUGGAGACUUCCUUCUAGCAAAUGCCUGCAACGGACUAGCUCUGCUACAGAACACCAAGGUUGUGGAACUGUUAGCAAGUGCUCUCAUGGACUUGGUACAAGGCGUAUACCAUGAAAAUUCCACUUUAGCCAAGAAAAAUUGUAUUACCGAUGAUAUUGGUAUAGCGACUUGGAAGGAGCAGGCAUUUCUCUCCCACGGUGCCUUGCUAGCAAAGAGCUGCCGGGCUGCAAUGGAACUAGCAAAGCAUGGUGCUGAGGUCCAGGACAUGGCCUUCCAGUAUGGGGAGCACAUGGCCAUGAGUCAUAAGAUACAUUCUGAUCUCCAGCCUUUUGUUAGAGAAAAGACCAGCGACUAUAUGACUUUCAAUCUAAAUUCAGCUCCUGUAAUCUUACACCAGGAGCUUCUUGGAAGAGAUUUGUGGAUUAAGCAGAUCAGAGAGGCUCAAGAGAAAGGAAGAUUAAACUAUGCUAAGUUGCGAGAAACGGUCAAAGCUGGCAAAGGUGUGACUUCAGCUAUUGACCUGUGUCGUCACCAUGGAAACAAGGCCCUCUCGGCCCUGGAGAGCUUUCCUCCCUCGGAGGCCAGAUCCGCUUUACAAAACAUGGUGUUUGCUGUGACCAGAUUUUCGUGACACCAAAUUAAAAAGACACUGCUGUUCAGGAGCUGAAAAAACUGGGAACAAGGUGAUCGGGAGGGCUUCCGCGACGAAAUGCCUGAAUGUGUUAAUGACUUUAAAAACAUAUACUAUUUUUUCCUUCCUUUUAUCACAUUGCUAAAUGAGUACUGACUCCUUUUUGGAACUGCUGCAAACAAAAUCAGAAGGGAAAAGGUCAAGCAGCAUUCGCUUGUCAUGCCAGGAGCGCUCCGGAGGCCGUGGGGGCAGAAAUAAUUCAUGAGAUUCGCUCUUGUGACCUCAGCAAAUGGACAGGAAAUAAGUCCUUAUUGAUUGAACUGAACCAGCGAUGGCUCCAGGGCGGCGGCCUGUGGUUUUCCUUCCAGAGAGGACAGAGCAGGCUGGAGGCUCCGGGUGUCAGGAGAGGCACUACCGGUGCCGGCCAGGGGGACUGUCAGAUCCAAGACUUGUGACCAGUUUCUCAUCACGGAGUACUUCAGUGAUUAAGAAAAAUGUGCCUCGUCUCCUUGCCAUGUCUGUGUGUUUGUAGAUACGGUAUGAAUAUACUUGGUGCUUCCUGGUUUUCAUAAGAUUGGGGGGGAGAAAAAAUACUGAAAAAAAUAAUGCCAAAUAUUGGAAGCAGGAAUUAAAAGUUAUCAAAUGUGAA